CUAGAUCUGCAUCUCACUCUCUAACUCACUCACUCCUUUCAUUUCAUUGCUUUCUCUCACUGCGUUUCGAUUCAAUGGCGUCUCAGUCGUGCGAUGGCAUUCUCCUCGGAAUGGGAAAUCCUCUCCUCGACAUCUCCGCCGUCGUCGACGACGAGUUCUUGCAGAAGUAUGAUAUAAAGUUGAACAAUGCUAUUUUGGCAGAGGACAAGCACAAAUCCAUGUAUGACGAAAUGACCAACAAAUUUAAUGUGGAGUUUAUUGCUGGAGGUGCUACUCAGAAUUCAAUCAAGGUUGCUCAGUGGAUGCUUCAAAAACCUGGUGCAACAAGUUAUAUGGGUUGCAUAGGAAAGGACAAGUAUGGGGAGGAGAUGAAGAAGAACUCAACAGCUGCUGGUGUAAAUGUUCACUAUUAUGAAGACGAAAAUACACCUACAGGAACUUGUGCUGUUUGUGUAGUUGGUGGUGAAAGGUCACUUGUUGCCAACUUAGCAGCUGCUAAUUGCUACAAGUCUGAGCAUUUGAAAAGACCAGAAAAUUGGGCAUUAGUUGAAAAAGCCAAGUAUUACUACAUUGCUGGCUUUUUCCUAACUGUAUCUCCAGAUUCCAUUCAAUUAGUUGCUGAACAUGCUGCUGCAAAUAACAAGGUCUUCACCAUGAACCUUUCAGCCCCCUUUAUCUGUGAGUUCUUCAGGGAUCCACAGGAGAAAGCCCUGCCGUAUGUGGACAUUGUUUUUGGAAAUGAGACGGAAGCGAGAACAUUUUCCAAAGUUCAUGGCUGGGAGACUGACAAUGUUGAGGAGAUAGCUAAAAAGAUUUGUGAGUGGCCAAAGGUAACAGCAAGAAAAAGAAUAGCCGUUAUCACACAAGGUGCAGACCCUGUGUGUGUUGCUGAGGAUGGGAAGGUGCAACUGUUCCCUGUGAUCCUAUUGCCCAAGGAGAAACUCGUUGACACUAAUGGAGCAGGAGAUGCAUUUGUUGGAGGAUUCCUUUCACAAUUGGUUCAGGAGAAGCCAAUCUCAGAAUGUGUAAGAGCUGGUUGCUAUGCAGCAAAUGUGAUCAUCCAAAGGUCCGGCUGCACAUACCCAGAGAAGCCCGAUUUUCAAUGAUUCUGUUGCCGCCAUCAAGUUUUGAUUAUUUUGAGGAUUUUAUUACAAUUCGAUUAUGGUACUCUUAACUGGUAUGGGAUUUUUUAAUCCCCCAGCAAAGGGAAAAUACGUGAAGUUCAACAGGGAGACAUUAUAUUGAUAUAUUUGAGUCCUCAUUAUUGUUGUCAUGUCCUUUUUGGGUUGGUUACAUGUUAUCUGUUAGAUACGUAACAAGGUGUUUGCACUUAAUAAUUGUGAUUGCUUACAAGGAACCGUCGCAACUUCGCCUAUGAUCUUGGGAGAAGUUUCGUAGGUGCCUUGAAUUUUCGGGACUCGACCACUUUGGUUCAUGUCUUCAUGAUUAUAUGUAUUCAAUGAUAUAAUAUUUUCUAUGGAUA